AUGAGACGCAAAGCGCCUGAAGUGAGGCGCAAAGUGACUGAAGAUCCUGGAACUCUUGUAGCGAGGCGAAAAGCGCCUGGAGCGCCUGAAAUGAGGCGUAAAGCUCCUCAAGUAAUGGAAAUGAGGCGCAAGGCGCCUGAAAAGCCUGAAGCGGCUGAAAGGAAACAUUUAACUCCUGGAGAGCCUAGAGCGCCUGAAAGGAAACGUAGAGCGCCUGAAAUGAGGCGGACUCCAAUGGUGCCGCACAGGCUGGGCCGUAGCCCUUGUCAGGUUGCAGUCGGUGUUGCUACAAGCCCUUUACAUUCCCGAGAGAGGAGUCCUCCGGUCGCGCACACUUCUCCGAAUAAAACUCAACCAGACUUGGAGGAUGUCUCGGACUCUGAGAAAACAAGGGGGCAGUUGGUAAAGGACAUUUCCCAUACGCUUACUGAGAAGGCAACACAGGAUUUGCUGGUACACUCUGCUAAAAAGCCUAGACCAGCUGCUUCUGUCUCGAAGAGGGAGCCAGACCUGCCCAACAGCCCUUUCAAGGUAGAAACUUUUAGCCAGAGCCCCAAGGAAGAGAGGAGGAGAGAAAAGAGGAAGAUCUUCCAUCAGAGUUCCAAGGAAGAAUGCUAA